GUACGGAACCAUUUAGCAGUGACACACGCACAAAGCUCUUGCGUUUCCGGCCAGCUCAGCGCGUCAGCCCUGCGGUGUUGUCAGUUUACAGCUCCGUCAGACGCUGGUAACCAGUUUACCUGUAACGUUCACUGGGCCGCGGAGAAACAGCCGGACAUCGCGGAGAGAGAUGGUGCUGCUGACGAUGAUCGCUCGGCUGGCUGACGGUCUGCCGUUAGCCGCCUCAAUGCAGGAGGACGAACAGGGAAGUGAAAAGAUGGGUCGGGACCUUCAGCAAUAUCAGAGUCAAGCUAAGCAGCUCUUCAGGAAACUGAAUGAUCAGAGUCCCACACGCUGCACUUUAGAGGCCGGCUCCAUGUCAUUUCACUAUUUCAUAGAUAAGGGAGUGUGCUAUCUGGUGCUGUGCGAAGCCAGCUUUGCUAAGAAGCUGGCCUUUGCUUACCUCGAAGACCUGCAGGCAGAGUUUCAUGAGCAGCAUGGAAGGAAGGUCCCCACUGUUUCCCGGCCCUACUCCUUCAUCGAAUUUGACACCUACAUCCAAAAAACCAAGAAGUCGUACAUUGACAGCCGAGCGAGAAGGAAUCUGGGCAACAUCAACACGGAGCUCCAGGACGUGCAGAGGAUCAUGGUGGCUAACAUAGAGGAGGUGCUGCAGAGGGGAGAGGCUCUCUCUGCGCUGGACUCCAAGGCCAGCAACCUGUCCAGCCUGUCGAAGAAGUACAGGAGCGACGCUAAGUAUCUGAACACCCGCUCCACCUAUGCCAAGCUGGCAGCCGGCGGUGUGUUUUUCAUCAUGCUCAUUGUCUAUGUGCGCUUCUGGUGGCUCUGAGAGAGGAAGAGGAAAGAGGUAUUGACGUGGAAAAUGAGCCGGAGAGAGUCUUAGUGCAGAGAGACACUAAAAACAGGAUACCUGCUCUUAAUAAGACUUUGCUGACAUACCACCGCCCAUUUUCUUCUCACCUGGAUGUGUGAUCUAAUUAUAAGUGAUUACAUGUAAUAUUCGUAACAAUUAUUCAACAAUGCGUUAGAGAUGAGUGGAACUAAGUGAAUGCGUCUGUGUGGGUCGAUUGCUCUGUUUUUGUAGGUGAUUGGUUUUGAAGUGUGGAGGGAAAAUGAAGAGAAAAACAAGUUUCCUGUUUCUGCGAGUUUCCAAAGCUGUACUGAACUGUAACAGCACUGCUUUCAUCGAAACAACUCUACUUAUCCUGAGCACAGCAUCUGGGUAUCUGCAUUCAUUAACAUUAUAAUCACAGUAGUGGUGGCUUAAUGGCCCUGGAACACAGUUACAGCGAUUUGGAAAAAAUAAGAAAAGUAAUUCAAGUAGACUUGAGGGUUUAUUGUUUUAAAUAUUGUAUGUAAGCCUUGCAAAAGGCUAUUUCACCCGUGUAUACUUCAGCUGAUUCUUUCCACCAUUAUGGGAAGUCAGUGA